AUGCGGUACAAAGCAACAUUCCAUCCAACGUACAUCCUAGACCCUCAGUCAAACGUCUGGGAUCCUCUGGACUCGGAGAUGAUGCAACGUCUUUCAACACGUAAAUGGGUGUCUAUGGCUGCUGAGCGGGUACUAGAAGUCUCCUCCAAUUCUCUUACGAUUUUCCUGCAGUCUGACCGGACAACAACCUCGAGCUUUCGAAAAGAGUUGAACAUGGGUCCCAGCAAAUUCAAGUUCGCCCUUGAGUACAUUAAUGGGCAGGACCAAAAACAGGACUCCGAGGGCGAAGAAGUAUCGAAUGUGUUUCACGCAGGCACGCCAGGAGCUUUGUCCUUGGAGGAGUUAGAUGAGAAAGUCGACCUUGGUCAGUGGAGUUUAAAACUCGGGCAACGCCUCCUUAAGCUGAAGAACCUAGCUGGCUGGGACGAAAGUCAGACAUCCGAUUCGGCGUCAAUUAAAGGGAUCGCGGCAGAGCUAGCUGCUUGUAUUGGGCCGGAAUUGGUCCAAAAGACAGCGCUCCAUUUUGGACGUGCGCAGUCUCUUCGCCAACCCAUAGUAAACGCGAUUGCCAGGAACCGUCUACUCAUUCUGCUUGGAGCACCACCAGUGGCCACAGGACGUCCACCACUUGUCCAUAGACAGCCAUAUGCUAUUCAGCCUCCUUCCAAAAGCCAUAGCCUUUGCCCGGAGAGGAUAGUUGCAAGAUAUUAUUCCUCAACAGACACGCCCAAAGAUGGUGCCAGCUCCGAUGCUACAGCGGCGGCGGAGGUCUCACACUCAGAGAUCAAGGACAACGAUCCGGUUAAAAAAGAACUCGAAUCAAAGAGUAAAGAGAUCAUUGAUUUAAAGGACAAGUAUCUCCGCUCGGUAGCAGACUUCCGCAACCUUCAAGAACGCACAAAGCGCGACGUUCAAUCAGCCCGCGACUUCGCCAUCUCCCGUUUUGCUCAAGACCUGGUCGAGAGCGUCGAUAACCUUGACCGAGCGCUCGGCACCGUGCCUUCAGAGAAAUUGGGGCAAGCUGAGAGUAACAAAGAGCUGGUGCAUCUGUAUGACGGGUUGAGGAUGACAGAGACAAUAUUGAUGCAAACGCUCAAGAAGCAUGGACUUGAGAGAUUCGACCCGAGCGAGAAUGGGGAACAAUUCGAUCCGAAUUUGCACGAGGCUACGUUCCAAACGCCGGUGGAGGGGAAGGAUAAUGGGAGUGUCUUUAUGACGCAACAAAAGGGCUUCAUGCUGAACGGCAGAGUCAUAAGGGCUGCUAAGGUUGGAGUGGUAAAAAAUGGCUGA